CACGGAUUUUGCGGCAAACUGAAAAUUGGGCGCUACAUUUCUGGUUUUUUGUUUUCCCAUUAAAGAACCGACGCAAUGAGUCCUGUUGUAAGGAAAGCAUCGCAUGCUGGCAGUUGGUAUUCAGCGGAUCGUGAAAAACUUAAUUCUCAGCUUCAGAAAUGGCUGUCUGAUGUCACGAUAAACCGGCAUUCUGCCCGCGCAGUUAUUUCACCUCAUGCUGGAUAUGAUUACUCUGGGCCUUGUGCUGCGUUCUCUUUCAAACAGAUUGAUCCUCGUCAUAUCAAAAGAGUUUUUGUUCUGGGUCCUGCACAUUAUAUGAGCCUUAGAAAUAAAUGUGCUCUUUCUACUGCGGAUCUUUUCGAGACACCAUUUUAUUCCAUCCCUAUUGACAGAAAUGUGUUUCAAGAGCUGUCGAAGACUGGUGAGUUCACCGAUUUGCCUCUAAGUCGAGAUGAAGAAGAACACUCGAUAGAGAUGCAAAUGCCGUAUGUAGCCAAGGUAAUGGAGGGCUAUCAGGGCCGAUACACCGUCGUACCGAUUUUAGUAGGAUACUUAACUCCUGACAGAGAAGCAGUGUAUGGUCAAAUCUUCUCCCAAUAUCUUUCAAACCCAGAGAACUUCUUCGUGAUCUCGUCAGACUUUUGUCACUGGGGGAAAAGAUUCCAAUAUACAUAUUACGAUCAAUCCAAAGGAGCUAUCUGGCAAUCUAUCCAGGCCCUUGAUGAGACAGGUAUGCAAAUAAUUGAGCGACUGGCCCCUUCGGAAUUCUCUAGUUACCUGGAACAAUAUGGUAAUACUAUAUGUGGUCGUCACCCGAUUGGCGUCUUGCUACAGACUAUAGCAUCUUUGCGUACUAAAAUGCCAAAUGGUCGGUUCGAUUUGAAAUUUAUACAAUACGCCCAAUCAGAACACUGUAACAAUAUGAACCAAUCUUCAGUGAGCUACGCAUCUGCCGUCUUGCAAAUAUCUUGACGUAAUAUAAUUCCUCGUUUUUGUGUGCAAUGGCGUAAGCACCCUGAUGUUACUAUCAAAAUGAAAAUUGGGAGUUCAGGGACAAUUUAUUUAUUACUUUAAUUUAAAACAUACGUUCUGUAUUCUCUUUGUAUAUUUAAUGAUUAUUGACUAACACACAUGCUGCAUAGCUUACAGAUGAGUCUUCCAUUGUUUGACAACGAUUUGACUGUGUAUACUGCAUGACUUUAAGCUGCAUGUCGCCCGUCUUCUUUUGAUGAAUAGAUGCCACCAUAUGUAACAAUAUGCCUAUACCUCUUCUGCCGCAUAUUGUAUUGCCAUACUCCUCAAGAUACUCCUUGAAUCUUGUAGGUUC